AUGAGCUCCCCAACCGGCGCCGCCGCCUCCGCGGAGGCGCCGCGGACGGUGGCCUCGGCGGUGCUCCGCAUCCAGAUGGCGCUCCUCGACGGCGCCGCGGCGUCCAACGAGGCGCUCCUCCACGCGGCCGCCUCCGCGCUGCUCUCCCGCGCCGACUACGACGACGUCGUCACCGAGCGCACCAUCGCGGACGCCUGCGGCAACCCCGCGUGCCCCAACCCUCUCCCCUCCGCCGCCGCCUCCGCGACGGGGCCCCGCUUCCACAUCGCCCUCAGCGAGCACCGCGUCUACGACCUCGAGGAGGCGCGCAAGUUCUGCUCCGAGCGCUGCCUCGUCGCCUCCAAGGCCCUGGCCGCCUCGCUCCCGCACGACCGGCCCUACGGGGUCCCGCUCGACCGCCUCGCUGCGGUCGUCGCGCUCGUCGAGGGCGCCGCCGCCGCCGCCGCCGUCGGGGACGGGAGCGGGUUAGGGUUUCAGGGCGUGGAUGGGAGGAACAAGGACGAGGGAAGGAAGGUGGAGAUCAAGGAGAAGGAGGUCGCCGGAGCUGGGGAGGUCUCGCUGCAGGACUGGAUUGGGCCCUCCGAUGCCAUUGAGGGUUAUGUGCCGCGCCGUGACCGCAGUGCCCAAGGGCAAAAGCCACAGCCUCAGCAGAACAAAGUUGCUGGACCUGAGCUGUCCAGAACUGAAAUUGUGGAUUCUAGGACUGCUGCUCCUGGUGAAGAUGGCAUGACAAGUUCACCUUCAUUGGUUGAAAAACACAUGAGCGCCAAAAAGAAGAAAAAUAAAACCCCAUCAAAGAUGUUGGAGCAAGAGGAAGAUAACAGGAUGCUGUCAUCUUGCAUAUCUGAUUCCAUUGCAAAGCAGCUCGAGGAUGUAGUUUUGGAAGAGAGAAAAGGCAGUAAGAAAAAUAAAGCGAGUAAAGCAUCAUCGAGGACACAGAAGAGUAAGUCUAGAAAAAGGCCUGCUGGAAGCGAUGGCCAUGAGGUGGACUUUACGAGUACCAUCAUUAUUGGGGAUGCUUCGACAAACAGGGAGGAAAGUGCUAUGAAUCAGUAUAACUACUUGUCAAGUUCUGUAUUGGUAGACAAUCAUCCCUCAUCAUCUCAAUCUUCAGCAAAAGAUUCAACGCAAGCUUAUGCUGAACAACUGUCUGAAAGAUUCAGUGAAGCAAUGAACAUUGGAAAUGAUGAGACAACUGAUGAAAAGAUGAGGCCUGCAUUGAAGUCUUCGUUGAAAGUUACUGGGUCUAACAGCGGUAGACAGUCUGUUACAUGGGCAGAUGAGAAUGGAAGUGUCCUAGAAACAAGCAAAGCAUAUGAAAGCCCUUCAAGUAGCAUAAAACAACCCGAGGAUGUCAUAGACAGUUCACUAAGGCGUGCAUCUGCAGAGGCAUGUGCUGCAGCACUUAUUGAGGCAGCAGAAGCUAUUUCUUCAGGCACAGUAGAAGCAGAAGAUGCAGGUGAGCAUUUUCAAAGGCUGGAAUCAUCAUUCUGCCUGGUGCUUAACCAGAAAGAAUAUGACAAUGCCAAAAACACUGCCGGAGAUGAUGACCCUGAGAUAGAUAGGGAUGUUAUCAAGUGGCCUAAGAAACCUGUACUUCUGGAUACAGACAUGUUUGAAGUUGAUGAUUCUUGGCAUGACAUGCCUCCAGAAGGUUUUAGUCUAACUGGGUUCAGUGGAAGAGUUGUUGAUUGCCAAUGGGAGGAAUAUCCUGAGAAGAUAGUUCUGAAGGAUGGGCUCUCAUCGGAGAUUAGAAGAGCUCUAGAUUCUUGCGUUUGUAACGCUGUGCCAGUACUCGUAUCAAACUUGAGGUUGCAGAUCCCGGUUUCAAAAUUGGAGAUUACUCUGGGCUACUUGAUUGACACAAUGUCGUUUGUUGACGCCCUGCCUUCUCUGCGAUCAAGGCAGUGGCAGGCUGUGGUUCUGGUAAUGCUUGAUGCGCUCUCUGUUCACCAGCUUCCUGCCCUUGCUCCAGUCUUUUCAAAUUCAAAGCUUGUGCAAAAGAUGUUGAAUGCUGCUCAGGUUAGCAGAGAGGAGUAUGACUCCAUGGUGGACCUGUUUCUCCCUUUUGGAAGAUCCGUCCUGGCAGCCACACCCAUGUAG